AAAGAAAAAACAAACAAGAUGAUCUGAAGUCUGAAGAUGUAGACAUCAUCUUCUCCCUUCAUUUCCCCAAUUCAAAAUUCAUUUCUCCCUCUGCACACCAUUGUUAACUUGAAUCAAAUUCAGAAAGUGAAAAUGGGAUUUUGGGGGCUGUUGGAGGUUGCAUCGAUGCCGAUAUUGCAGGUGUUGAUCGUAAGUGCAAUCGGAGCUUUCAUGGCCACUGAUUAUCUCAAUCUUCUUUCCAACCAUACCCGCAACUCCCUCAACAAGAUUGUGUUUGUGGUAUUUACACCUUCCCUUAUUUUUGCAAGCCUUGUUGAAACUGUCACCUUUGAAGACAUUAUCUCAUGGUGGUUUAUGCCAAUAAAUAUUGGAGUAACAUUUUUAUGUGGAGGAAUACUGGGAUGGGUAGCAGUAAAACUGAUCAAACCAAAGCCUCAUUUAGAAGGCCUCAUAAUAGCCAUGUGUUCAACAGGAAAUUUUGCAAACCUUCUGUUGAUAAUGGUUCCUGCAAUAUGCACUGACGAUGGCAGCCCGUUUGGGGAUCACAAUGUCUGUAAGGCUAAGGGACUCUCAUAUGCAUCCUUCUCCAUGGCGUUGGGUAGUUUUUACACAUGGACAUGUACUUACCAGAUGAUCCAAGGCUCAGCUUUGAAGUACAAUGAAAUGAAAGAAAUUGGGAAAUUGUCGAACGAAGCAAAUACGGACUUGGAUGCAAAUCAAAACACACGUCUGUUAAAUAAGGAAUAUCAUGAUCAUGUUGAUAGAAUCAUGCCUUCAUCAAACUUCAGUAACGAUGAUACAGAAAACCAAUGUAUUGUGCGUCAGGGAUCCGCAGAGAAGGAAGAGAGAAAAGGCGGGUCGUUUUUGGAUCAUUCGGUAGAAAUGUUGAAGAAAAUUCUAGAGCAACUACUAGCUCCCCCGACCCUUGGCUCUUUUGCAGGGCUCGUGUUCGGGGCAAUCCCAUGGGUAAAAAACCUUUUGGUCGGUGAAAGAGCUCCUUUACGAGUGGUCCAAGACUCCAUGGCAUUACUCGGGGAUGGAACCAUACCUUGUCUAACUCUUAUACUAGGAGGCAACCUCACACAAGGUUUACGAAAGGCAAGUGUGGGGCCCACAAUCAUCAUCACGGUUAUCAUCGUGCGUUACCUGAUUCUUCCCGUCAUUGGCAUUGGUGUGAUCAAUUUGGCGGCAAUGAUGGGGUUGCUUCCACCGGAUCCGCUCUUUAGAUUUGUGUUGUUGAUCAUGUUUGCUCUGCCCCCUGGUGUGAAUAUCAGUACAAUGGCACAGUUGUUUAGUGUUGGGCAAGAGGAGUGUGCAAUGCUUAUGAUGUGGACUUACUUAACUGCUGCUUUUGCACUUACAGCUUGGUCAACUGUUUAUAUGUGGAUUUUGUCAUGAAAAAUCAGUUAUUACAAAAGAGUUCAUGUCCAAAAGGCCAAAACUGGAUCAGAUCAUCUUUGCUACUUUUGUUUUAGAGUUAAAUGCCAUUUUAGUC